AUACGGGCGAAGAACUAAGAUUGAGAGUAGUUCUUCACACUCUCGCGCACACAUUUUCUCAGAUCGGAUCGACAAAAUCCUAAUUCGUUCAUACAAUUUUCAGCUCUUAGAUCCACUCGCUUUCUUUAUUCGCACACUUGAAUUCGCGAUUUAAUUUUGCAUAAUUUGGCUCCCCGAUUCGAAUGGCGUGCAUUAAAGGGGUCAAUCGAUCAGCGUCCGUGGCCCUGGCACCGGACGCACCUUACAUGGCGGCCGGAACCAUGGCGGGGGCAGUUGAUCUGUCCUUUAGCUCCUCCGCUAAUCUCGAAAUAUUCAACCUUGAUUUCCAGUCCGACGAUCAGGAACUGCCCUUGGUCGCGGAGUGCACGAGCUCCGAGCGGUUCAAUCGUCUGUCGUGGGGAAAGAGUAGUUCUGCCUCUGAAGGUUUCUCCCUUGGGCUCGUUGCUGGUGGCCUGGUCGAUGGCAAUAUUGGCCUCUGGAAUCCUCUCACUCUGAUCCGUUCGGAGGCAAAAGAAAGUGCUUUCCUUCAUCAUCUUGUGAGGCAUAAAGGGCCAGUCCGUGGUCUCGAGUUUAAUACUAUUGCUCCAAAUCUUCUUGCUUCUGGGGCUGAGGAUGGUGAAAUUUGCAUUUGGGAUUUGGCCAAUCCUUCAGAGCCCUCUCAUUUUCCACCUCUCAGGGGAAGUGGCUCAGCUUCUCAGGGUGAAAUUUCAUUCUUAUCAUGGAAUAGCAAAGUCCAACACAUAUUAGCAUCAACUUCAUAUAAUGGGACUACUGUGGUCUGGGACCUAAGGAAGCAAAAGCCAGUGAUAAGCUUUGCAGACUCAGUUAGAAGGCGAUGCUCCGUUUUGCAGUGGAAUCCUGAUUUUGCCACUGAGCUAGUUGUUGCAUCAGAUGAAGAUGGUUCUCCUGCUGUGAGGCAUUGGGAUAUGAGGAAUAUAAUGGCACCAAUUAAAGAGUUUGUGGGACACAGUGGAGGUGUAAUUGCCAUGUCAUGGUGUCCCUAUGAUAGCUAUUAUUUGCUUACCUGUGCCAAAGAUAAUCGAACCAUAUGCUGGGACACAACUUCUGGCCAGAUUGUACGUGAAUUGCCUGCUGGGACCAACUGGAAUUUUGAUGUGCAUUGGUAUCCUAAAAUACCUGGAGUAAUUUCAGCAUCAUCCUUUGACGGAAAAAUUGGCAUAUACAAUGUUGAGGGUUGCAGUCGGUAUGAUGCUGGGCAAAAUGAUUUUGGUGCAGUGUCUCUAAGAGCUCCAAAAUGGUAUAAACGCCCAGUAGGCGUGUCUUUUGGUUUUGGUGGCAAGCUUGUAUCAUUUAAUACGAAGUCAUCUGCCACAAAUUCUCCUGCUGGGGCUUCAGAGGUUUAUGUGCAUGAUAUGGUUACUGAACAUAGUCUAGUGAAUCGUUCCUCUGAAUUUGAAGCUGCAAUACAUAAUGGGGAAAGGUCUUUGCUGAGGGUUUUAUGUGACAAAAAGUCUCAGGAAGCAGAAUCUGAUGAAGAAAGAGAAACAUGGGGCUUCUUAAAGGUUAUGUUUGAAGAUGAUGGUACUGCACGAACGAAGCUGCUUGCAAAGCUUGGCUUUACUGUACCUAUUGAAGAAAAAGACACAGCUGUGGAUGAUCUUGCACAAGAAGGCAGUGCUAUUGGACUUGAUGAGACAGCUAUUGAUAAAGUAGGACUUGGGCCUACUAAUGAAUCUACUUUUUUCCCUGAUACCGGGGAGGAUUUCUUUAACACUCUUCCUAGUCCCAAAGCUGAUACACCUGUAUCUACUUCUGGUGGUAAUGUGGAUUAUGCCAAUGGUUUGGACAAAACCCAAGAAGAGUUGGAAGUAGAGGAGAGUGAUGAUCCUACAUUUGAUGACAGUGUUCAGCGUGCAUUAGUUGUUGGGGACUACAAAGGGGCAGUUACACAAUGCAUAUCUGCAAAUAAGUGGGCUGAUGCUCUAGUUAUUGCUCAUGUAGGUAGUGCUUCACUAUGGGAAAGUACACGAGACCAAUACCUUAAGAGAACUAGAUCGCCGUACUUGAAGAUUGUCUCUGCGAUGGUGAGCAAGGAUCUCUUAAGCCUUGUGAACACCAGGCCUCUAAUUUGGAAAGAAACUCUAGCUCUUCUUUGUAGUUUUGCUCAGAGAGAUGAAUGGACAAUGCUUUGUGACACACUUGCUUCAAAGCUCAUGGGAACUGGAAAUACAUUAGCUGCAACUCUCUGUUAUAUAUGUGCUGGGAGUAUCGAUAAAACAGUUGAAAUUUGGUCAAAGAAUCUGCAGACUGAGCAUGAAGAAAAAUCGUAUGUUGAUGUUCUCCAGGAUUUGAUGGAAAAAACUAUCGUUCUUGCCCUAGCAACCGGGCAGAAGCAAUUUAGUGCAUCUCUUUGCAAUGUUGAGAAGUAUGCUGAAAUUUUAGCAAGUCAGGGACUGUUGACUACAGCAAUGGAGUAUAUAAAACUUGGGUCUGCUGAACUGUCGCCUGAACUUCUAGUCUUAAAAGACCGGAUUUCUCUUUCUACACAACCUGAGAAAGAAGUCCAGAGUACUGAGCUUGAAAAUACUCAGCCGCAGAGUGGAUCA